AUGUCGGGGGUGAAGCACGUGAAGCAUCGGAUCACCAAGAAGGCCAAGGGCAUUGCGCUCAGGCUCGCGGAUAUCAGCAAGCACGUGGCCUCCAAGGACGUGUACGAACACGACCUGGCGAAAUUCAUCAUGACUUUCGAGGGCGGCAACCCGCCCGACAACUACACAAUCAUUGCCCCAUGCUGCGGCCUGGAGACGGCCACGAUUGCGUUCAAUGAGGCCCCGUGGAUGGACAUCAAUGUGAAGAGCCACUGCUACGAUAUGGAGCCCUGGUUGUACGACCAGGCAGUCUUCGCGGCCGACGGCGAUGCGUCGGGGGUGCACGCCCCUUCGGAUUUCACGCAGGCCGCGACGCACGCCGAGGACGCUGCCGAGGUUGCCUCCCGGCCUGCCGUUGACGCCGCCGCCGAAAACGAAGAACGCGAGGGCCGUCCUCUUGAGGCAGAAUCGUUACUCAGCGUAGGUCGGAGCCCUCGGCCGCUCAUAUUCCUGCAGGUCAAGGCCGCGUCCGAUCGGGCCGACCAGCUCUACCAGGAGCUCGACCGCGCGCUGAUCGAGGUGUUCGACGAGAAGUUCUUCGAGGGCUGGGGCGGCAGCGCAGGUCACCUCCUGCUGGCGACCAUCGAGGGGCUGUUCCCGGAGCGCGGCCGCUGCGGGCCCGCAAAACUGCCGCGUGCCAACCGCGCCCUCCAGGGCUGGGGCCGCCUGGCACCCGGGCAGCCGCGCCUGCCCGAGGCGCGGCCAGCGUGGGCGGCGGUGAUGGGCGAAUUAUUGAAGAAGGGCUGCCGCGCGAUGGCCGCCCAGGUCAUGGCGUCGCUGGUGACUACGGGCGACCAGGUUUUGCGCCCAACCAAAGUUGGCUUGCACGAGGGCGCCGCUCUCUGGGGCAAGGAAGAGACCUGGACCACGCAGAUGCUUCGCCAGCUCGUUCGGGGCAAGACAGGAGACGAGGCGGUGUUCACCUACGCGUGCGCGACGUAUCUGAAGCAGAGUAUGAAGGGCGUGUUCUUGGACGGAAGGCUGCCUCCCGCCCCGCCCGCAGUUCCGUGGUCUGGCAAUCGGAGGACAUCCACGCGGGCGGUGGAGGCCCGCGAGGAGCCCGACUUCCACGAGGCUCCCGGAGUGGUGCUGUCGGAUGCUGCCGACGACGAGGACAGGUGGACUGUCGAGGUGACCCGGCGGGGGGACGUCUACAGGCUCUCCGUGCCGGCCGCGGGCCUCCUCUGGGGCGGCGCCGAGGUGCGGGGCGCCGGCGACGACCGCCUUCUCAAGGGGCAGACGGGCGUCCUGGUUGACGACCGCCCCGACCGCGACAGUGGGCUAUGGCUCGUGGACGUGCGCAGGACGCUGGCGCUGCUCCCCGAGUGCCUGCGGCCGCCGCCGCUGGCGCGACGGCGGCCGCGCUGUGGCUGCGGCGGGGGGCGCCCGUGGAGAUCUCGGGGCUGA